AUGCCGCCGACAUCGCCGAACUUGAAAAGCGAUGUCAGGAAGCUUAUAGGCGUCCAGGGAACCCUCGGUUUUACCACAGGAGUUUCUGGGAAUUCCCUAGAAGCUUGGCUACAAGGCAUUGCUUCCUGGGUUUUCCCCCUAAACGCAGGCAUUAUGGGAUCUCUAUAUGAUUCUAUGAUUGACCUCCAGGGUAACUUUCGCCAAGAGCAGACAGAGCACCAAAGCCAGACUCUCUGGGGAUUCGCCACUCGCAGGUUCGAUUUCGCUUUUCAAUCUCCCUUCCAGCCCACGCCAAAGGAUUUCUGCCUGGAAAAUUUGGCUUCCCGGACCAUCUGUGCAAAUCCAGUUGGGAAAGAUGCAGAGCCGUCCGCCAUUCCCCUGCAGGGCCGAUUCGGCACCGGUAGACCCUCCAACAUCUGCCUUCUGUUCCUCUCUCCUCUUCCACUCCCCGGAAAAGUUGUUCUCUCGUCCGAUGGGCUUCCCAGCUGCAGGCGAGAUCCCAGUCGAGGAGGAGAGGUGAGCCCAGAGACGCGGUUCUGGAAACAGCUUCAGGCCGCCUCCGUUCAGGACAAACCGGCCGAAGAAUCCGGCGCUCGCCUGCGAGGAAAGCAUCCAGGCAGGCGCUUGGUGACCGAGAGAGAACUCCUCCGGUACUCCUUGCACACGUACCUCGACGAAGAGACCAGCAGGCCUCAAAGACCUCCCAGAGAGUUCUACGAGAAAAUCCUGGCCACGCAUCAAGGAAUGGGGGACUCCGUGGUUAACCCUUUGUCGGCCUACACUCUGAUCAAGAGAUUGCAGGUAGACUGGCUGAACGUGGUGUACAGCGCGGAGGCCAGCCAAAACAGUCAAGCCCUCAAGAGCAGCUACCAGAAGAUGGAGAAGAGCCUGCCCGCCUUCGAGGAUCUGGAGGGAGCCGCCCGGGCGGUGAUGCGCCUGCAGGACGUCUACGCGCUCAGCGUCCAGGGGCUGGCCCGAGGAAAGUUCCAGAAGGUCAGCGGGGCUCCUCUCCUGGACAUCUACAGCCCCGGGCAGGAUUUUUCCCUCUCUGCCGAUGAUUGCUUCUCCAUAGGCAAAGUGGCCUAUGACAUGGAGGACCACUACCACUCGAUUGCAUGGCUAGAGGAAGCAGUCAGCCUCUUCCGCGUCUCCUACGGCAGCUGGAACACAGAGGACGAAGGGAGCCUCGAAGAUGCCCUCGACCAUCUUGCUUUCUCUUACUUCAAGGCAGGAAACAUCUCUCACGCCUUAAGCCUCUCCCAGGAAUUUCUUCACUAUGAUCCGAGUAACAAGAGGAUCGCCAGAAACAUCCUGAAGUACGAGAAGCUGUUGCUGGACUCUUCCGAGAGCGGCGAAGAAGCCCCGGUUCUGCAGAGACCAAAUGUGACACACCUGGAGACCAGGGAUAUUUAUGAGCAGCUGUGCCAGUCCUUGGGAGCUCAGCCCACCCAGUACCAGCAGGCACGUCUCUAUUGUUCCUACGAAGCCAACGGGGACCCUCAACUGAUCCUCCGGCCCAUGAAGAGAGAAAUCAUCCACCACCAACCUUAUGUAGCCCUCUACCAUGACUUCGUCAGCGAUUCUGAAGGCCAGAAGAUCAAGGAAUUGGCCACUCCUCGGUUGCAGAGGUCAAUCGUUGCCUCAGGAGAAAGGCAGCAGAAAGCAGACUAUCGGAUAAGCAAAAGCGCCUGGCUGAAAGACACCGUGGAUCCCCUGAUUGUGACGCUCAAUCGGCGGAUCGCAGCCCUGACCGGUUUGAACAUCCAGCACCCGUAUGCAGAAUAUCUGCAGGUGGUGAACUACGGGCUGGGAGGUCACUAUGAGCCCCAUUUCGACCACGCGACUUCCAGAAAAAGUCCCCUUUACCGGCUGAAAUCUGGAAACCGAAUAGCCACGUUGAUGGUUUAUCUGAGUUCUGUUGAAGCUGGAGGAUCUACAGCCUUCAUCUAUGCAAAUCUGAGCAUACCUGUAGUCAAGAAUGCGGCUCUUUUUUGGUGGAACCUCCAUAGGAACGGAGAAGGGGACGGAGACACCCUGCAUGCUGGCUGCCCAGUGCUCGCAGGAGAUAAAUGGGUGGUUAAUAAGUGGAUCCAUGAACACGGACAAGAAUUCCGGAGACCUUGCGGCACCGAUCCAGAGGAUUAGCGAAGCCAAGCGUUCUGCAGAGUUCGGGAGACGCCCCAGGGGAUAAGAAAGCAGUCGAUUGCAGCUGGACGGGAAAGAGAAUCUGAAACCUGCUCUCUUCCAUCCUGACGCAGCUGGGCUGUCAGGCCCUGGCCAAAAUAUGUCUUGGCAAGAUUUCCCUCCGUUGUUUAUUUAUUGGAUGUGAAAAAGGAGAAGGCAACAAUGCACAGAAGGGGAGAGAAGGGAGCAGCAGGGAAUGCUAGGUGGUAUCGCCUCCCCCACCACAGCACAACUUCUGGGGCAAUGUUUUAUGUAUAUGUAGUGAUGUUCCCUUCAGCCAUUGGCUGAGCUGAUGCGGUGCCACGGAGUUGUCACAAACUGUCUAACUGUGGAUGGGAGUGUGGAAAUCGGCACAGAUAAGAGACUGAGCGUAAAGUCAGUUCUGCGGGGGGGGGGGGGGGGAAUCGUCACCUCGGGGCCCAGGAAGAGGAGGGACUGCAUGUUCCAGAGCAGAUGGGAUGUGGAAGGGAAAGAGACCAGGGAAGCAAGGAAGCUGGAAGGGGCCUCGCUUAAAUGUCAAGAAGGAUUGCGUGUUGGAGCAGGACUGGGAGGCGAACGGAAAUCUGGUUUCUCAUGUACGUUAAGUGCCGUCAAGUCAGUUCUAAUUCAUGGUGACCCAAUGAAUCAAUGCAUCUUUUUGCAUAUUUUACAUCCACCAUUUGGUUGCCCCCCCUGAAUAGACCCUAGAAGUGAAAAUGGCUAAACUGAGGCUAUCGUGUUUUGGUCACAUUAAGA